AGCAAAUCAUGGCAAUGCCCGCUUCUCAUCAGCUUAAUGAGGCAGUUGGCGGAUGGCGAUUAGCGCGACGACGACUGGGAACAAGCCGGCCAUAGCGCGCUGACCAAAUGCGCAAACUCUUCACCAACUCUUUCCUACUUCCCAACUCCAAAUUGAAUUUCAAUAACUUCCCGAAUCGACCAGUACCAACCUAUCGCUAUAGCCGCGCAUUAACACUUCUACAGUUCUACAUCACUGUAAAACGUAGCCUUCUCACUUCUUCUCCUCGAUAACUGCUCCAAGUUGUCUUGUCUCCUAGCGAUUCGAUAAUUCAAAGAUUUUAUUGGAAGAUGGGGAAGAAGAGAGUGAUGUUGCCGGCUAGUGAAGUUGACUUGACGGCGGUGAAGUACAUACCGGAAAACAUUCAAGCUCCGCAUUUGACUGGUUUUGGGUUGAAGUUGUUUGUCAAGUUAGCUGAGGCGCCAGUGGUUGGAUCAUUGAUUAUGGAUUACAUGAAGAACCAGAACGGAGUAGUGGAGAUGUUGAGGAACACUGUCAUACCAGAGCCUCCUAUGUUUAAGCCUGAGUUCCCACCUCAAGAGCCAGAGCCUUGUGUAUCUUUAUUGGAGGAAGAUGGAAAACCUCAAGAUAGAGUUGACAUUGCCUUGAAGUGUCUCCCAUAUUAUGAUCCUGCUAGCAACUGGAGUUCUGAUUUGACUGCACCAUUCCGCUACUGGAAGAUUCGUGACUAUGCACAUGCAUAUAGAUUGAAGCUCACAACUCCAUCAGUGGUUGCUGAGCGCUUCAUCUCUGCCAUGGAGGAGUUUGAUGCUAAGAACCCAACAGCACCUCUAUUGAUAUCUUUCAAGCCUGAUGAGGUUAGAAAGCAAGCUGCAGCUUCCACACAAAGAUUUGAGGAAGGAAACCCAUUGUCAAUCUUGGAUGGGAUUUUUGUGGCAAUUAAGGAUGACAUUGAUCUCUACCCUCAUACUACAAAGGGUGCUACAACGUGGCUUCAUGAGGUUUAUGAAGUAGAAAAAGAUGGAAUUUCUGUUUCACGAAUACGCAGCUGUGGUGUGAUUUUGGUUGGGAAGGCAAAUAUGCAUGAGUUGGGCCUGGGUACAACAGGAAACAAUCCCAAUUAUGGGACAACAAGAAACCCACAUGCCCCAGAAAGGUACACUGGUGGAUCAUCCUCAGGCCCUGCAGCAAUUGUAGCUUCUGGGUUGUGUUCUGCUGCACUAGGAACAGAUGGUGGAGGUUCAGUUCGGAUUCCUUCUUCCCUCUGCGGUGUGGUUGGCUUGAAGACAACAUAUGGGCGGACUGACAUUAGUGGGUCAUUAUGUGACUCUGGGACUGUGGAGAUCAUUGGACCUAUCACAGCAACUGUUGAAGAUGCCAUACUUGUGUAUGCAGCAAUUUUAGGAUCCUCUCCUGCCAAUAGAAUUUCUUUAAAACCGGCCCUCCCUUGUAUACCUACCUUAUCUUCAAAUGAAAGUUUGGAUGUUCUAGGAUCAUUGCGGUUAGGAAAGUAUACAGAGUGGUUUAAUGAUGUUUUCUCAACUGAAAUAUCUGACAAAUGCAAUGAUGUUCUAAAUCAACUAUCAAAAAAGUAUGGGAGCAAAACAAUAGAGAUUGCGAUACCAGAGCUACAUGAGAUGCGGACUGCUCAUAUUGUUUCCAUAGGCUCUGAAUCACUGUGUUCAUUGAAUCCUAAAGUUGAGGAUGGGAAAGGAGUAAGAUUGACAUAUGAUACUCGCACCAAUCUGGCAUUUUUUCGGUCAUUCUCAGCAUCAGACUAUGUUGCUGCUCAGUGCCUCAGGAGAAGGAUAAUGUACUACCACAUGGAGAUAUUUAAGAACGUGGAUGUCAUUGUAACUCCUACUACUGGCAUGACAGCACCCAUAAUACCACCAAGUGCUCUUUCAGAUGGAGAGACAAAUAUGCAAGUCUCAGGAAAUCUCAUGCGUUUUAUUCUAGCAGGAAAUCUUCUGGGGCUUCCAGCAAUUUCUGUACCUGUUGGCUACGACAAGCAAGGACUGCCCAUAGGUAUCCAACUUAUCGGCCGGCCAUGGUGUGAAGCUUCCAUUUUACGUUUGGCAGCUGCAAUAGAGGAGAAUUGUUCAGCACCCAAGAAAAAGCCAUUGCAAUUCUAUGAUAUAUUGAAAGGGAACUAAACUCGACAUUUUCUUGUAUCUUUUUCGUCAAGUAUGAUUGUUCAACAAUAAAUUAUAUAGAGAGACAAUGAUGAUACUCAAUUGAUAUGAGCAACUUUGGAUGUGAAAGACUAGUAAGGGUGGCAUGAAUAACAUUCUUUGUAUAUUCAUAAUAUCAUUAAUGGUUUUUCUUUGUAUUAAUAUUAACAUCAAUAACUAUUUUUUUUAAGAGUCUCUCAA